UACCCAGCUGCCCCAUCUCUCCCGUAGCUCCCAUGUCUGCCUCCUCCCUCCCCCUGCCUUCACCUCCAGCUCCCCGCCCCUCUCCCCCCUCCCCUCUCCGCUUCCCUUUAUCUGAUCGCUGUGUGCUCCCGCUGGCAGGUCCGCUCCGCUGCUCCUCGGGUUACAAGAAGGCGGAUGAUGAGAUGUCCGGGGCCACGUCCAGUGCUGACUUGGGGGACUCCUCCGGCCGCUGCAUCCUCAUCAACCAACCCCAGAGCUGCAAGUUCAGGGACAACACAGUCAGCACAGCCAAGUACAGUGUGUUAACGUUUCUACCUCGGUUCCUCUAUGAGCAGAUCAGGAGAGCUGCCAAUGCUUUCUUCCUCUUCAUUGCCUUAUUACAGCAAAUUCCUGAUGUGUCUCCGACAGGAAGAUAUACCACUUUGGUGCCCUUAAUCUUUAUUCUCACAGUGGCCGGCAUCAAGGAAAUCAUAGAAGACUAUAAAAGACACAAGGCAGAUAACACUGUUAAUAAAAAGAAAACCAUAGUGCUGAAAGGGGGGACAUGGCAGAACAUGGUUUGGAGAGAGGUGGCAGUAGGAGACAUUGUGAAGGUUACCAAUGGGCAACAUCUUCCAGCUGAUAUGAUCAUUUUAUCUUCCAGUGAACCACAAGCUAUGUGCUACAUCGAAACAUCCAAUCUUGAUGGGGAAACGAACUUAAAAAUACGACAGGGGUUACCAGCAACAUCAAACCUUCUGUCAGAGGAGGACUUGGUGAAAAUGACUGGAAGAAUCGAAUGUGAAGGACCUAAUCGACAUCUUUAUGACUUUAUUGGAAACCUGCGCCUAGGGACCAACAACCCUGUUCCUGUUGGACCUGAACAAAUUUUGUUGAGAGGUGCCCAGAUCAGAAACACCCAGUGGGUUAUUGGAAUAGUUGUGUACACUGGACAUGACACCAAAUUAAUGCAGAAUUCAACUAAAGCGCCGCUGAAGAGAUCAAAUGUUGAAAAAGUGACCAAUGUGCAAAUCCUGGUUUUAUUUGGCAUUCUCCUGGUUAUGGCUCUUGUCAGCUCAGUUGGAGCCUUAUUAUGGAACUGGAAAUAUGAGGGAACCAACUGGUACCUAGGAGAUAUUGAUGCAGUCUCUACAAAUUUUGGUUACAACCUUUUGACCUUCAUCAUUUUGUACAACAACCUCAUUCCUAUCAGCCUUCUGGUGACUUUGGAAGUAGUUAAGUUUACCCAGGCUCUUUUCAUCAACUGGGACAGAGAUAUGUAUUAUUCAGAAACAGACACCCCUGCCAUGGCAAGAACAUCUAAUCUGAAUGAGGAGCUUGGACAGGUGAAAUAUCUUUUCUCUGACAAAACUGGGACUUUAACAUGCAACGUCAUGCACUUUAAGAAAUGCAGCAUUGGUGGAAUUACCUAUGGGCACUUUCCAGAAUUUGAAAGGGAACGUUCAUCUGAAGAUUUCAGCCAGCUUCCAACCACUAGCGAGUCCUGUGAUUUUGAUGACCCCAAGCUGUUCCAGAACAUUGAAAAUGAUUCUCCAACAGGAGAUACUAUUAAAGAAUUUCUCACCUUGUUGGCUGUCUGUCAUACUGUUGUCCCCGAGAAAGAUGAAGAUACAAUAAUCUACCAGGCCUCCUCUCCAGAUGAAGGAGCACUAGUGAAAGGUGCAAGAAAACUUGGCUACACUUUUACUGGGAGAACUCCGGACUCUGUGAUUAUUGAUGCAAUGGGGAAAGAACAGAGCUUUGAACUCCUCAAUGUGCUGGAAUUCUCCAGCAACAGGAAGAGGAUGUCUGUUAUUGUCCGAACUCCAUCAGGGAACCUUCGCCUUUAUUGCAAAGGAGCAGAUAAUGUUAUUUUUGAGAGGCUUUCAAGAGAGUCGAAGUAUAUGGAACAAACCCUAAACCACCUGGAACAAUUUGCUUCUGAAGGUUUAAGGACCUUGUGUCUUGCAUACUGUGACCUGCAAGAUUCAGAGUAUGAGGCGUGGUUGAACGUUCAUAGUGAAGCCAGCGUGGUUAUUAAGGACAGAGCCCAGAAACUUGAAGAGUGCUAUGAAAUUAUUGAAAAGGAUUUGAUGCUGCUUGGUGCAACCGCCAUUGAAGACCGCCUUCAAGGAGGAGUCCCAGAGACCAUAGCAACAUUAAUGAAAGCUGAAAUAAAAAUAUGGGUCUUAACAGGAGAUAAACAAGAAACAGCAGUCAACAUAGGUUAUUCGUGCAGGCUGGUGUCACAAACAAUGUCGCUCAUCGUAGUGAAUGAGGAUUCUCUGGAUGCAACAAGGUCAACACUGACUAAUCACUGUACAAACCUUGGCGAUGGGCUUGGCAAAGAAAACGACCUUGCUCUAAUCAUCGACGGGCAAACGCUAAAAUACGCGCUUUCAUUUGAGGUUCGUCAGAGCUUUCUCGAUCUGGCGCUUUCCUGCAAAGCUGUCAUUUGCUGCAGAGUGUCUCCGCUGCAGAAAUCUGAAAUAGUAGACAUGGUAAAGAAACAUGUGAAUGCCAUCACACUGGCUAUUGGAGAUGGUGCCAACGAUGUAGGAAUGAUCCAGACCGCCCACGUAGGAGUCGGGAUCAGUGGGAACGAGGGCAUGCAAGCAACCAACAACUCCGAUUACGCCAUAGCGCAGUUUUGCUAUUUGGAGAAGCUGCUACUCGUGCACGGAGCUUGGAGCUACAAUCGAGUGACCAAGUGCAUCCUAUACUGUUUUUACAAGAAUGUGGUUCUCUACAUCAUCGAGCUCUGGUUUGCAGUCGUUAAUGGAUUUUCUGGACAAGUUUUGUUUGAGCGAUGGUGCAUUGGUUUGUACAAUGUGAUAUUCACCGCCUUACCGCCUUUUACGCUGGGAAUCUGUGAGCGAUCGUGCAGCCAAGACAGCAUGCUAAGGUUUCCCCAGCUCUACAAGAUCACACAGAAUGCCGAUGGGUUUAACACACGGGUUUUCUGGGGUCACUGCAUCAACGCCUUGAUCCACUCCAUAAUUCUCUUCUGGUUUCCACUGAAAAUGCUCGAACACGAUGCUGUGUUUACCAAUGGACAGGUUACAGACUAUUUAUUUGUUGGAAACAUUGUUUACACUUACGUUGUAGUGACAGUCUGUUUGAAAGCUGGUUUGGAGACCACGGCAUGGACAAAGUUCAGUCACCUGGCAGUUUGGGGCAGCAUGCUGAUGUGGCUGGUAUUUUUUGGAGCCUAUUCUGCGAUCUGGCCAACUAUUCCCAUUGCUCCUGAUAUGCUUGGACAGGCCGGGAUGGUAUUAACGUCGGGGUACUUCUGGCUCGGGUUACUCUUGGUCCCCACUGCAUGUCUACUAAGGGAUGUGACCUGGAGAGCGGCAAAGCACACCUACCACAAGACCUUGCUGGAACAAGUGCAAGAGAUUGAGACCAGAGCCAAAGAAAUGAGUAAAGCUGCCAUGCGGGAUUCCAAUGGCAAAAGCUUGAACGAACGUGACCACUUGUUGAGGAGACUGGGCAGAAAAACCCCUCCGAGCCUCUUUCGUGCUAAUUCCGUGCAACAAAGUGUAUCGUACGGCUAUGCAUUUUCCCAAGAAGAACACGGUGUUGUUUCCCAGUCUCAAGUUGUCCGAUCCUAUGACACAACAAAACAGAGAGCCGGGAUAGAAUAACAAAAGGCCUCGAUAACUGGUGGCAGAAAUAAUGAGCGUUGGACAAUGCAUCCACUGUUAACAGAUAUUCGACUAAGGUUGGCCGCAGCGGCCAAAAAACUGGGAAACUUCUGUGGCCUUUGCCAACAAAUUUCUAAACUGUUCUUAUCCAGCCGGUGGGGUCUGCAUGAGAUUAAAGACACAAAAAUUGUAUGAAAAACUAUGCAUUACAGGCCUCUCCUGAAGCAACGAGGUUAAUGUGUACUUUAAACAAGGUCACAGCCUGUUCAACAAUACAAACAAUAUUCUUCUGCUUCAUCUCCUGUGUCCUGCAUCUCACAUUUCCACCUGUUACCCUACUCCAGGCUGCCAUUCCUACCCAUGCUUAGAACACUUGCUCUGUAGUAUAAGCUCUCCUGCUUUAGAGGGACCCAUUCUCCUCAAAAUGAGUAUGAGGUAGGCAGUGGCCAUUAAAAUGACUGCAGUAUAUGGGGGCUGUGUUGAUUAAACCCAAUAACAAAGCAAUGACUUUAAAGUCUGACCUGAAGAUCAAUCGGAGGGGGCCCAAACAGAAAUAUAAGUAAGCCAAAUGGUUGCUGUGCGGGCAUACCCUAACAACCAUAUACUAAGAAUAGAACAGCAAAUAAUUUAUAAAAAACUACAAAAAGAUUAAAACAUGACCAAGUUGUUUAGAUUUUGGUGGGUGGCGAAACCGAAGACUGCAAGAUGGCCUACCCUUUUUAUCUUAGGUAGGUUGCUUGAGAAAGCAGCCAGUAAUGAUCCUAUCUAGGCCCCCCCCCCCCCCCCGUUCUGCUGUACAGCCUGCCUAGCGCAUGGUGAUUAAGCUUGCUCUUUAUGACGUGAGUCACAUGUCAUAUUUGUUAUGCUUUAUGGCAAUACAUUUGGGGCAAUGAUUCUGUAAUGCUUUUGCAGAGUGCUAGAUAAGUUGCAUGGAUCACUUCAAAACAAAUGAAAGAUCGAUGGCGUAGGCAACUUUGGAGACACCUCUAGCUUUUAACUUCAGUAUAUGGAAUUUUCCAUCAGAAUUGUCUAUAACAGUGGUGGGCCCGUGUCAAAGACUUUGACAUCCCUCUCUUAACUGUGUUACUGUUUCCAUCUUGCUUUGUUGUACCCUAACCCCCCCCACCCCAAAAAAAAAAUCAUACAAAUGCUGUUCUGUGGGACCUCUGGCCAAUCACCCUGCAUGGACCUCCCAAAGGCGGCUCUGUUUACAGACACAAUAACGACAGUUCAUUAAGCAGAAGUUGUUUUUAGAUACCCGGCCUACCUUAAGGCAAGAAGCUAGGAAGAGAUUCUUAUAAUCUAUACAUAUCUGUCUGCUAUCUGCCUUCGCCUAUGGAAUUUUUUAUUUCCUACAAACAGAUUUAAUGCAAGAGCAUACAUGUACAUUGUCCUUUCUAUUUAUGAAUUGUGGUGUUUAUUUAUUGAAUCUAUUUUGAAACAUAUUGUUUUUUGCACAGGUACUGAGAAAUAUGAAAAAUAAAAUGAUAUAUGGUAAACAUUU